UUAUUAAACACAUGUGACACGUGCGUAUUUGUUUACAUUUGAUUGUAACAAAUAUAAUUAUUAAAAUUUCCAAUAUUUUUAAUUAAUAAUAAUAAUUAAUUAGAUGUUUAUAAAAAGAAAUAGAAAACUGAAAAUUGUGUAAUCAGUUCUAUAAAGAGACGUUUGAAGACUAAAGUGUAUUUUUAAUAUUUUUUUUUUGUCAGUUUAGAGGUUAUGAAGAAAUUUCGUUAUAUUAUUAAUUAUGUCUAUUAAUUACGGAUUUUGUGAUCUUUGUCUCAAUUAUAUUGAUGAUGAUAAAAAAACUUUACGGGAACUUUUAUUAAAAGUUUAUUCAAUGGGCUAUGAAACAGUUGCAAUAAAUAGAAAUGUGGACGAAAAUAUUUUUGAAACGGAUAAAAAGAAGAAGAAAAAAGGCAUUGCAAAUGAGCCGAUUGUUUGUCCUUUACCUGAACCCAUGGAAAUGGAAGAUAUUAUUGAAGAAUUCAAAGGGAAAUUAAAUAUAUUAUCAAGAAUUACAUUUUCUUAUUCUGAUCCUGUUAGAACACAUUCUUUGAAUCAAUCGGCAGUUCUCAAAAAAUACAAUCUAUUUGCUGUACUUCCGAAAACUAAAAAUGCCUUUCAACACGCAUGUUCGCAACUUAAUACAGAUAUAAUUACCGUGAAUCCAACAAAUUUAGGAUGGAAAUUUACCAGAAAAUUAUAUAUUCAAGCAAUUGAAAGGGGAUUACAUUUUGAAAUUAAAUAUUCAGAAAUAAUUCAAUCAAAAACACGAAAAUUUGCCAUUAAUUAUUGUCAUUUACUUUAUACAUUCGGCAAAAGCAGGAAUGUAAUAAUAUCCAGUGGAACAGACAAUGUGAAUUUAAUUCGCAAUCCAUACGAUAUAAUAACAUUAGGAGCAGUUUUAGGAUUAAAUGAAAUAAAAGCAAAAGCUUCAAUUUUGUCUCAAAGUCGACAUGCUAUUUUAAAAUCUCAAGCAAGAAUUUAUGGAAAAUCUAUUUUCACAAUAAAAAAAUUACAAAAUGAGAGUUCUACUGAAGAUGAAGAUAGUGAUUGUGAUGAAAGUGUUAUUAAAAAAAUAAAAUUAUGAAUUGUCUCAUAAAAACGUAACACAUUCAGAAAGGUCUGAAAAAUAACAAAACUAUUAGUCACAAGUCUCUUUUUAUUGCAAAAUAUUCAGGCAAACAGGUCAGUUAAACGUUAAUGAUGAAAUUUAAAAGUCGAAUUAAGAGAAUAAGAAAAAGAUUUUCAAAUAUUUUUGAUUUUUAAAAAAUAGAACAAAAAAAAAAAAUUCUUUUCUCGUUGGUGACUCAUUUUACUUUGUUAGUGAAAGGAUCAAUAUUAUAUCUUUGGUUUUUUUUUUUUUUAAAGUAAGAUACAAAUUGCAAUAUCUAAUUCGUCAAUUCAAAGUACAAAGUCUCAAGUUUUAUAUAUUUAUAAUUAAUAUGAAAUGGUAACGAUACUAUUCUCCAUAGGAGAACCUAAGCAGUAGAUGUUACCUCGUAUAUUUUUAAUACAUGCAAACUACAUUUUUAUUAAUUUUGUUUUCGUACAAUUCUUUCACAUCAUUAUUAUUUAGAUGUGUAUUUUUUUCGAUUACAAUUUUUAUAUAAUUAUAAUUCAUUUUAUACGUAAUAUACGAUUUAAAAACACGUACUACUUGGUUAUACAUGAAACAAAAAUUUUGCAAAACAAUUUUUGCAAUUUUUUUUUUUUUUUAGUGUUUACAUUCACUUUUUUUCUUUUUUUUUUUUUAAUACAGGAAUUUAAAUUGACUCUCUAAGUGAGUCAAGAGAGAGUUACUAAUUCUGAAUCACAACACUUGCUAGUUAAAAGUUGUCAAUUAUUCAGAAUUGAAAAUGUUUUUAGGACUUUGUACUAGGCUAUGAAAUACGAAGUAGAUGCUUUUUCUAACAUAUAUAGAGAAUAUUAAAUUGAUAUUUUACAGUUUCUUUUGUUUCUCAGGAUUUUCAUUUUUCACUAUUGUUAUUAUUAUUAUGAUUAUUAUUUUGAAUAAAGAAAAUCACUUGGAAAUUUUUAUGAAUUGCGUUUUUAAAUUAAAUUAAAUUCAUUAGAUACAAAUUUCCAAGAAAACAUUUUUUCUUUUUUUUUUUGAUUUUCUUAAUUUAACGAAAUAUAAUAAAUAUAGCGAAAAAUUUAUAAUGAUAUACAGAGAAAAACGCAGAGUAAAAGCGAUUAUUGCGUUUUACAAUUAUUUUAACGAUGUCUAAACGCUAUGAGCCUUAGCUCUUUUUUUUUUAUUUAUUUUUUUUCGGAAGAGGUAAUUUUUUAAUUUAGAGAUGUUUAGUAUGAAAACAUCGAUUUCAGUCUUAGGAAUAGGAAGCAUUUUUUUAUUUAUUUUUAUUUUCUCAUAUUAAUAUGUUUUUCAAAAAAUUUCCGGAGUCCAGAAAUUGAGGCGCUAAGAGGCAUUUUUUUUUUUGUUUAUUUUUGUUUUAAACAAAAAAUGUUGCUCAAUUUUUUUAUAUCGAAAUUUUUUUUUUUUAAUAAGCGCUUUUCAUUAUUAAAAGACACAAAUUUUGUUAUUUGCUAUAUUAUUAUUAUUAUUAUUGAAUUUAAAUUGUUUCGUUAUAAUAUUAUGUUCAGCCCAGUCUCGUUUCUUCUUCUUCUUCUUCUUUUUCUUCUUUUUUUUCUCUCGCAAAAUUGAAAUAUUUUUAAAAAUUUAUUGACAAUAUAGAAAAAUAUCAUGUUCAAAAAUUUUUAUCUUUUAACAAUCGCUACAAAAAUUUUGAAGGACUUUUGGCAAUUAUCACAUAAAGAUUCGGAAAUUUCAAGUCAAUUAUUAAUUAUUAAUUAAUUAAUUGAGAAUUAAGAUUGAUUAAAAUAAUUUAAUUUUAAAUUACAUUUUGAAAUAAAAAAAUAAAUUAACAUUGUUUUUGUAAAAUUAAAAAUGUGUUAAAAUAGAAAAUUUAAAUAAUGAAAUUAUUAAAAAUAUAUUUGUAAUAAUUUUUAUUACAAUUUUUUUGUUUUUCAAUAAAUUAAACAUUUAUUAGGUUUUGAAAAUUUUCAAAUAAUGAAUAUUAUAAAAUAUUUAUUAUUCAAAACACAAAUUAAAUAGAAAUAGAAAGCAAAUAAAAAUUAUCAAUAAAAAGAUGCACAUUAUUUAAAAUAAACUAAUAAUUUUUAAAGUGCUUAAACUACAAUUUUUUUUUUUUUUUGUAUUGAAACUGAAAGGUAUUUUUUAAAAAAUUUGUAUUUUAAUUUUGAGGACAGAAAUUUUUUUUCUAUUUAAAAUUAAUAAAUACUAAUUUUAAAAAAAUUAAAAUUUAUUACUUAAUUUAAAAAUUGGAAAAAAAAGAAUUGUGCAAAAUUUCUACAAAUAUUUUCUUACUGCUUUCUUGGUAAUGUUUACUUUCAUCGAUGGAUUUAACAUUUGAUAAAUAAUUACACAAAACACUAUCUCCGGAAAUAUAAUUAUUUCUACUCUAAAAAAUACCAAACUUUGUAUCGAGCUAAUUUUAUUAAAUAUUUUUGCCAUCGUUACUCUCAUUCUGUUUUUUUUUUCUCUAUCACUCGCUCACUCUCAUUUUAUCUACUAUUUUCUUCUUUCUUUCGCUCUUUCUCUCUCUCUCUCUAUUUUAAUACUUGCAAGAAUGUUCAUUUUGUAUCGAUUUUUUUCUCUUCUAAAUGAAUCGAUAUAUUUAUAAACAACUUGACAAGUUACAGAUUCGUAAAAAAAAAAAAUCGUCUAUAUAGUUGAAAAAAAAUUUCCAAUAAGUGAAAGAUCACUUGGAUUUGAUUUCAUUCACUUUAAAGGAACUUCUAAAAAUGAUGACUGUAAUUCUAUAGAAUAAUUGGGGGGGAAUAAUUAUUAUACAAUGGUAAUCGCUUAUCUAAAAAAAAAAAUCAACCAAAUUCCCUGAAUCUUGUAUAAAAGAGCCGUGCGAUUGAUCUUUAAAGAAAGAAAAUUAUAGAUUAUGAUUAAUUAUUUAGCGCGAAACUCAAUUAUAAGCCGAUCAUCUACAGUCCCCGUCAAAAAUUAACACCUGACAUUUUUUUUUAAAUUUUCCUUUUUAAUUACCAAAAAAAUGUAUUGUAAAUUUAAUUACAAAUAAUUUCAAUCAGUAUUAAUUUUUCCAGAGACUUUCAAAUGAUAAUAACUUUAAUCAUAUAAAGUUCCAGCAAAUCUGAAGCAAUAAAAAAAAAUAAAAUAAAUAAAAUUUUCAUACCAAUCACACAUUUUUUUUUUUUUUUUGUAAAACAAUUCUUUUUCUCUUUAAAGAAUUAUAUUACGAUGACAAAAUCAAUAUUAAAAAUCACAUGCCAACAAAAGAAAUUAUAUACCUUAACAAAAAAAAAAAAAAAAAAAAAAAAAAAAAAAAAAAAAAAAAAAAAAAAAAAAAGAAA